UUUAAAAAAAACUCUGUAUUGAUGGCCAGAAAGUACCCAUGAUGAAAGAUAUGACCUUCUAAAAUCACUUGCCAUACUGCACAUGGACCUUCUGUACAAGAUUGCCAAUUUGAAUACCAUCAAUAAACUUAUAUGUGAACCUUCAUCCUAUAACAUGUUUAAGAGAUCUCUUAAAAUUGCACCAAAUUCAUCACUAAUACCAAGAAAAUUACAAGAACACAAAUGUGUACAAAAUAACCCCACCAACCCUUAUAAAAAAUUCAACCUUGAAAGUCCGAAUUUAAACCGUCGCACAAUCAUUGCACAAUCAUUGAUCCGAUCAUUUAUGCAACCAUGCCAACGGUUACGAUGCAACCAUUACAAUUUUGGUUGUAAACUCAUUGAAAAAGUUUCAAUCAUAUGUAACCAUUGUAACGCUUGACAAUUUUGAUUGCAU